AUGAAGGAAAAUUGUAGUUUUCAGUCUUUGUUCUUCAUUAGUCUUCCUGACCUUCGGAAAUUGUGUGGCAUAACAAUUAAAUUGAACUGUGAUGAUGCUGAUAUACCCUUUUAUAAGAUGGGAAACAUUCAAGCAUAUGUUCAAAAACAGGGAGGAACGAUGGAUAUUCCACAACGAGUGAUUCCCACUGACCUGCAAAUGUGCCUUUCCUAUAGCCUGGUAGCAAAGCUUGCUCCUAAUUGGAACAAAGUAGGGCACUUAUUGAUUCACGGGAAAGACUUUUUGAGCAAAGCAGAAAAACAGAAUGCAGUUGUUUUGGAGUUGAAUGUCUCAGAGACCCAGUUGUGUGUUAGUGUGGAAGCGUCCACUAUUCGACUGUCUCUAGCAAAGGUUGAAGACUUUGACAUAUCAGCAGGUGUGUUGAAGAGUUUCUACAACAGGAAAGUUGCUGUAAUUCCAAAGCAUUUCAUUUCAAGUAAAUGGUGCUAUGUGUUGCCCAGUAUGAAGAAAGGGCAAAUUGUCAGCAUCAGCCAUGAAAUUCCACCAGAUUGUCCAUUUCAAUCCUACAGAGAUUUUCAGAAACACUGGAAAAAUAUGUAUGGUUAUAAUCUUCCAGAGAUCACUGAUGAUAUUACACUUUACUACACUGUAUACUUCAAGUUAAUUGGAGAGAAACUGUUUACCUACCCUUUCUGUUGUGUUAGAACUGAACCUGUCCAGUUUUUCCCAAGAGUGGAUUUGGAACCAGUACUAACGUCAUUCUUCUCUGAUCUAAAAGUAAACUUUUCUAGUCUCUGUGGACUACCAAUAAAAAUGACCAACAAACCUUACUAUGCUACCAAUGAACUCAACAUUUCCCAGACAAUACAAGCAAGACCACCAAACCUGACUACUAAACCUGUCUUCAGGACUGCUUUAACACAGGUUCCCACAGUCAUACAUGUCAUCAACCAAAGUUCUUCAGUUUGUCCAAUUAGUGAAAGCCAAAAGAUUGUCUUGGACAAUAAGCAGAAAAUUGAUUUGAAAGCAAGUUUGGAAUCCAGCUCAAUGAAUACUAUUAUGCAGUGUGGGACCACAUUGAGAUCAACUGAUAAAAGAGGUGUGCUUUCUCAGCAGUCUCUACAGUGUGAAAAAUCACAAGUUGCUACAUUAGGUACACCUGAACAGAUGAAAGUGCAGUCUGCCUCAUAUAACCAUAGUUCCAGUGCCUACAAGAUUAUACCGAUAUUUAAAAGCAAACUAUUUCAAGAUAAGCAGUUUAUUAGUGCAAAGACUAAUGAAAGUAUAAAUAAGCAGGAUGUCAAAUUUAAUUCAACACUUAUAACUCUAAAUUCAUCAACUGCUUACACAGAAACAAAAAGACCAAACAAUAUGCAAGGAAAAGGAUCCAGGAGUGAAAAAGAAAUUACUUUGUUAGACAUUCCAGAGAAGCAGCAAUUAAUACCAAAUACAAGAGUGGAUCAACCAAGUGCUGAACCAGCCCAGAACACAAGUUCAAAUAGCAAGAUAAGUGUAAAUCAGGGCUCUGAGAGUCACAAGUCAGAAAGAGCUGCAGGAGAAAUGAAAUGUGGAACUAGACUACACCAGUCAUUUGGAAAAAAUCAAGAAUCGAGCAGCAUGAUUAUCCAGACGGGAGGCAAAACCAUAGCUGAUGUAAUUUCUGAUGGAUCAUGUGCAAAUUGGAAUUACAAUAUGACAGGAAAUCAUCAACACAAACAAGAGAAAGGAACAGAUUCAACUCCAAAGAAACCAAAAUCUAAACCAGUUAUCCAGGAUGUUGAUGUAGCAGCACAUGCAAAACAUAAUCAGCUGUCCAAACUGAACAGUGUUACUCUUCAAUCUUGGCUGAAAAAUCAUGGUGUUUCUGUGAAAACAAGGGACAAGAAGGAGCACCUUGUUUCCAAAAUCAUGGAGUUCAUCAAAGGCCCGACAGAAUGAUUUUGAGAAUAUCCAUCUAGGUCAGUUGAGUAGAAAAGAGAUGUUCCAAAUAUUUUGAGUUGUCUGUUCUUUGUGUAACACCUAGUGGCUGGAAGGUUUAGC